GCCAAGCCGCUGCUUUCCUCGACCAACCACCAAUUUUCAUGUGAUGCCCCAUAAACUCAUCAAUACUGGAACCUGACAAAACACUCAUGGAAGUCCGCACGGAACGUCUAGAACGCUACAAGCACCCCGAAGACGUGGUUGAGCCUGAAAUUGUUUCCCGUAAACGCCGUAAGAUCUCUGUCUAUGAAGCCGUCGCUGGCAAGGCUGGUUAUGAAAGUCUUCUUCCGAACGAAAAGCGGACUGCUACAAAGUAUCGAGACACUCAGACAAAUUCACUGCAAUCUGUACCCCCGGACGAGGUUUUAUUCCGCCGUCAAGGAGCCCCUGAGCGUUAUGAAGAAUCAGACAUCUACAAAGCGCCCAGCCCGAGCACACCUUUACCAGAUUCGGAUUUGCUCAAGUUUCUGCAUCGUUAUGCCUCCGAGUUCUACUCAAAGGCCACGCCGGACAAAGGCCAGAUCGACUUCCAGUCAUUGGACGAGAGUGCUAUGCUUGCUCUAGGUAUAUUGCUGGAAGAGACAGCUACCCUUCACCUUGGCGAAACUGGUUAUUCUGCAUUCAUCGAAGAUGAGAACGAGGAUAUUAUGACCGGAAAGCGGGAAUACUGGAACGGCUCAAGAUGGGUUCGAAGUGUCAUCGAGAAGAAAUCUGCUGGCACCUGA